GUACAUUGUCCGUUCAACAUUAACAAAAUCCCUCAUUUCACAAGCACACAAAAAAGGCUACGAUGGCGUCUGCUUUGGCGGCUCCUCCAAAUAACGAGGAACUUCACCUCUCAUAAUACGCCAGGGCCCACUAUAAAACAUUGGCUUCAUUAUUGGAACUUCAUGUCCAGUCUUCACCUUGUAGAGUUGCUCAGUGAUUGCAGCACCAAUGACCCCUGUGUAAAAAGCACAGUUAUAAAUGGUGACAAGAGGCGUAAAAGACUUAGGCCGCCUGUAGGGCUCGAUCAUGUCCCACAGAAGGGUCCUCUCCCACUUGGUGGUCACAUAGCUCGACAUUUGAUGGUCCUUGCUUUACCUGUGAGUAAAAGGAAACGAAAUUUUUUAACAUCUGACGGGACGCAAGAAACAAGAAGGAACCCUGUAGCUGGAACGAAACUGAGUGGGGAUAUAAGUUUGGUCAUCUCACCUGACCACGGUUUUUCUGGUCUUUCUGGAUCUCAAGAUCCUUCACCAAAGCUUGAAUUCCUUCAUCAUCAUAAACUCUUAUGGUCAAAUGUUGGGUGGUUACAUCCUCCACAACAAACUCAAAGUGCUCGUUCCAGAUUGGACUUGUUUGAUUGUUCUGCGACAUAUAAUGUGCAGUUCUAC